UUGUACUUCAUUUGGAUUUUUGUAGAGGUGCCUUUCUCUAAACUUGCAACAUAGCAUAGUGUAUCUACUCUAAAGUAGGUGUUUUCAUUCAAGAAAGCUGGCGGGUGUGCAAAUGUGCUGAACUGUAAUCGUAGCAUUGUUAAAACACUUCAAAAUUAUCUAAAACAGUGUUAAAACUUCAUACAACAGUUAAUGAAAUAGUCAAGAACCGUGGGCGCGGCGAGUGGCUCGACGACUGCAGCAUGGACGACGACCAGCAGUUCUGUCUACGCUGGAACAAUCACCAGUCCACGCUGGUGUCCGUGUUCGACACACUCCUAGAGAAAGGCAUUCACGUGGACUGUACCCUCGCGGCCGAGGGCCAGACGCUAAAGGCGCACAAAGUCGUCCUGUCGGCGUGCAGUCCCUAUUUCGAGAAUGUACUAUCACAGCAAUAUGACAAGCAUCCAAUAAUCAUCUUGAAAGAUGUGAAAUAUGCAGAGUUACGAGCCAUGAUGGACUAUAUGUACCGAGGAGAGGUGAACAUCUCGCAGGACCAGUUGGCAGCCUUGCUGAAGGCUGCCGAGUCCCUGCAGAUCAAGGGCCUCUCUGACAACAAGCCGUCCAGGCCACCGUCGCGCCCUGCACAGGUCGCCCCAGCACACCCGCCUCGUGCUCCGUCUCCACCACCACAGGUCCGAGACGGUAGCAUAGACAGUCGCGAAGGGUCCAUAAGCCCAACCCGUCGCAGGAAGAAAGCGCGCCGCAUGUCCGUAGAAAUCCCCCCAGUUGUACAACAGCCUGCAGAAAUCCAUGGGAACGGGGAAGAGCCCCCUUGCAAGGAGGAGAACGCUAGAGAUGGUGUUGAGGAUCUCACGCUGGACGAGGAGGCCGAAGAGCCACCGGCCGUGGCACAUAACGACGUCGUACGCAAUUUUCAAUGGCAUAUGGAAAGAUCUCAGGAUGAAAUCAUGAAUUCGAGUGACAGUGUUCGAGACUCGCAAGAGUCGCACAAGGAGGGGCUGCCAUCCGCCCUGCUGUCGCUGCUGUCGGCGCAGGCGCAGCCCGGGCUGGCGGCGCUAGUGCCAGCCUGCAUCCAGGUCACCAACAUCCUCAAGCCGCCCAUCAUGCCCAAGCAUCCUCUCGACUCAUUAGCCGCCAUUCCUGACGACCUCAAAGCCCAUCUGCUGCAACAGGCCUUUUUGCAAAACAACAAUGCGCCGAAACGCGAAGAGCUGGAUUCUGAGGAAUACGACGAUACGGACGACAUAGUCCUACCUGAGGACACUGAGGCCUUCUACGAUCAUUCAGUACCGGGCGAUGAGCACGAAGAGAACAAGACAGAGGUGAAAUAUUCGCGUCGCGACGGUAACAGCUCUGACGAUGCGAGCCGUCAAUUCGAGUGCCGACAUUGCGGUAAGAAAUACCGCUGGAAGUCGACACUGCGUCGUCAUGAGAACGUAGAAUGUGGUGGCAAAGCCCCGGCUCAUCAGUGUCCUUACUGCUCCUACAAGGCCAAACAGAGAGGCAAUCUUGGCGUUCACAUUCGUAAACACCACAACAACGAGUGGUAUAUCUACGCCAGCAACAAAGUCAGGCGUAAUAAAAAAACAUCAAUCUAGUUUAGACUUCAUUCGACCAAAGUAGAUACCUAACCAAAUCGGUACUGCAAUAAUAUUAUUAUUUAUAUUUUAACUUUUCGUUAAAAGAGUUUAUAUACACUGAGAAUAGUUGUAAUGUGCACAUUCCCUAACGGCAUUAGUGUUAAUUUUGUUGUUUUUGUUAGAGUUUAUGAUCGUAGUUAAGACUGACCCAAGUAUUUUAUCGGGAGUACGGCCCCAGGUCGGAUGUAUAUUAGAGUUAAUGUCCGUUAUUUCCAAAGCGAUAUAUUUAAUGAAAAUAUAGAAUCUAGUAGUAAAUAUUUUGAUAUUAAUCGGACUUGACAUAAAGCAAUAAAUUUUCAUACCAUAUGUAGCUCGAAUUUUUCUAGUUUUAUAAUCAAUCAUUCCUUAUAAGGAAUAUGUAAUUCCAAAUUUGUUAAUUGUAGUGCAAUGAUAUUAGAAUGAUUAGUUAAUUAGGUAAAAAUAUAUAAGGGUCCUCCCACAUCUAGCCUGACGUCUUUUUCCAUACAGUUGGCCCGACGCGACGCUCGCGGGACGCUAGAUGUGGGGGGACCCUAAUUGUUUUGUAGGUUAUAUUUUUCUUUCAUCUUUAUCUCACGGGUAAGAAACUUACUAUAAUUUUUGUUGAUGGUCAAGUCUUACAUCCAUUAUUAACCAAAUCGUUGUUAGUCCUGUUUAAUUUAUUUCUUUUUGUUUUCCUAACUUAGACUUAAAUUCGAGGGACCAUUAUUUAUUACCUUGUCUUCCUAUCUCUACACCGUUGUAGCAAACCCAAAGUUAUAUUAAUUUAAAUUGUUUAUUUAUUAGUGUAAGAAUAAUGUUAAUAAAGCUGCUUUUGCAGUUCUUUAUAGGAAAACAAUAGAUCUCUCAAGUGACUGUCUGAAGUGUUGAGUUUGUUGACGAGACGAGGCUAUUCCACCGAGCAAAUAUAUCAGAAUACUGAGAAUCUAUUGCUUUUAACACGAUUAAGUAAUAAAAGCUCAUCCAUAAUGUGCCUACAAUGUUACCUGUAGUUAUAAUAUUAUAAUACUUAAUGGUGUUUUUGAUAUUGUUGUUAUUCGGUAAACUGGGAUAGAAAAUGUGUUCAAAAUUAUGUAAAUUGUUAUCUUGAUAUUAACUGAUAUUUAUUUGCAAUAACCUAUUCGAGUUUUGUUUAACAUAUUGACUGUUAAUAUUUUUUGUUAAACUAGGAUAACAAAGCUAUUUGACCAAAGUCAGUAUUAGAUUUAACGUGAUGGUAAGAAAUAAGAAGUUAUUGUUGUAGAAACAUUCAAGUCAUAUAACCGAGUAUGCAAACUGUUCUGAUUAAAAUAUGCAAUAUUCCCAUCAUAUAUUUAUUACGCUCUUGGACACUGAAUAUAUGUAGCAUGAAUUAUUAUUCAAAACGAAUGGUACGUCGUUUAAAUUGUUUGUUAAUUUUAUUGGAGAACUAGUUUAAUUAGUGUGAUUUUUAUAUGAAUAUUUUGGGGUUUAUUUGGUAGAAACGUUUAAUCAAAUAUAGUUAUAAUAUAUAUGAA